AUGGACGAGCUUCCCGCCCGGUUCUUCCUUCCCAGCUUCUUCCUGGCUCUCCUUUUCCUCUCCUUCUCUGCAACCUCUUCUGAGGACGAGUUUAGCUACGAUCCGCAUAGUGAGAACGGGCCGGCUCACUGGGGAGACAUUAGACCCGAGUGGUAUAAGUGCAAAAAUGGAAGCACCCAGUCUCCCAUUAAUCUCAGCAAUCUUGAGGUUCGAUUUACAUCCAGUUUAGGCCCCCUUCACUUCAACUAUCACCCCUCCAAUGCCUCUCUUUUCAAUACCGGCCAUGAUAUCAGGUUGGAGUGGACAGGAGACGCAGGCCAUCUUCUCGUCAACGAAACCAAAUACUUUCUCCAACAAUGUCACUGGCACUUUCCUUCUGAACACACUAUCAAUGGCAUGAGGUUUGAUUUAGAGAUACACAUGGUGCACAAAAGUGGAGCAGGACUAAUUGCGGUGGUUGGCAUAUUUUAUGAAAUCGGGUUUCCUGAUCCUUUCUUGCAAACGGUAAUGGAUGAUUUGAUACACAUUUCUGAAGACAGGGAAGCAAAAGUUCCGUUGGGUAUGGUUGAUCCUGAGCUUGUCAUCAACAUAAACAAGAGACUCUACUACAGAUAUAAGGGUUCUUUAACAACUCCUCCUUGUGAUGAGAAUGUGGUGUGGACCGUUGUUGGAGAGGUUAAACAGGUUUCAAAGGAGCAAGCUGGAUUGCUUCGUCUUGCUGUUGAAGACGUAUUUUAUACCAACGCAAGACCCCUGCAACAACUAAAUGGUCGGUUGGUGCAACUCCAAGUGUCAAAAUUUCUAUAUAAUAAUAAUCUUGCUCAUAACUUCGAUUAGCAUGAAGUAUGAAUUUCUGAGAAUUCACAAACAAUGAUGUAAAAUAAUGUUAUUACUCGUUAAAAUUGGCAACUCAUGGUGCUAAUUAACAUGAA